AUGCCACCAGAGCUCACCUGCUUCCUCCUCUGUGCUCUGAGUGCACCAAAUCUCUCAGGAGGAGAUGCUUUGUUGCCAGCACCUCAGAAUAUCUCCAUUCUUUCAACCAACAUGAAACACUUCUUAACUUGGAGUCCUGUGAUCGUCCAGGGAGCAACUGUGAGAUACUCAGUUGAGUUUCAGGGGGAAUACGAGAGGGAAUACGCCAACGGGAGCUGGAUCCCCAUCUCGGAGUGUUCCCUCACCACAGCCACGGUGUGCAACAUCACAGAGGACAUCUCAGCCACCGUGGCCUACAAGCUGCGUGUCAGGGCAGAUCUUGGUGCCACCAGGUCCCAGUGGGGCACCACGAAGGGCUUCUUCAACCGUGCCACGACUUCCCUGACCCAACCCCUGCUGAGGGUCGUGGUGGAGGGGCACCAUUUACUGGUGGAGCUGGCAGACAUGGGACCCUCCUUCCAGUUCCGGCUGCUCUACUGGAAGAAGGGCCAGGAGAGCAGGGUGCAGCAGAAGGUGAUGAAGGUGGUGAGCUCCGUGGUUCACCUGGACACCAUGGAGGCAGGAGCUGAGUACUGUGUGAAGGCUCAGACACACGUCAAGGCCAUCAACAGGAGCAGCAGCUUCAGCCCCACACAGUGUGUGAGGGCACAGGGUGACACAUCUGUGUGGCUGGUUACUGCCCUCAUCUCCUCUGCUGGCUUUGCUGUGGCAGCUUUAACCCUGCCUCUCCUUACCUGGAAAAUAAGUAAAGUCUUCCAAUAUGCCUGCUGCCCAGCUGCUGUCCUGCCAGACACACUGAAAGAAUCCGAGCCCCCUACCCAUCUGAUCCUGCAGGGCAGUGAAGAGGCUGAGCAAUGUGACCUGAUGGUGGUUGUGAUGCCCUCAGAAGAAGUUCUCCAGCUGUGUAUUCAAAAAGCACUUUAG